GGUUUUAACGGGCAAACAGCUAAAUUUGUUUAAAUAAGAUUGUAAAAAUUGUAAAAUAAGUAUUAAUGAUUUAGAUCUCUCAUUGAAACUAUAAAUUACUUUAGCUAUUAUUUUCUUGAAUCGGUUGAAUAAUUUAUAACAGCUAAUUUUGAGAGAAAAUGCGACGUUGGCGUUUUAUAGUUUUGAAACAGCUAAUAAGAAUAUUUAACACUCAACACUCAAGCUAACGAGUGGAUAAAAUACUUUCUAAAACACCUAUACAAUAAAUUACUAUUAUUAUUAUUGCUGAUCAAAUUUCAUUGCGACUGUUGGAUAACGUUGCCAUAUAUCAUUUAUUUAAAAUUCGUUAUUUAACAAUAACUUUGAUACAAAGAUGUUUUUUACUUAUUUUUACGUUUAUAUGUAAGCUGCCAUUGAGUUGGGGCACCGGUUUUUAAGCACUUGGCAAAUAUAAUUUUAACAUAAACAAUUUUCUAUAGUUUUGUUAAACAUUUGAGAAGAACAACAUUAUGAAAAAACCAAAAACAAUCUUUGUGCUCUGUUUCUGUAUAAUUUUCUAAGCGUUUGAAACACUCGACCAGAGCUAAUUGUAACACCAUCUAUUUAUUUAAUCUCAGAUAAUUACAAAUCUUAAACAAGCCGUUUCUAAUUUUAUCGACUAUUCAUUUCACUACACCAUUUCUAAAUUACGUAAAACUUAAAAAAACGUGCUUUAUCAAAAACCACUGUUGCUUAUUGAGCAUAGUUACUUACAUAUUUUCUACAUCAUAAAAGUACAAUGUGGCUUCGAGAAUACUGGAACAUUAUUGUCUUGUUUUUUUCACGAUCUCCUGAAAUUCCAGAUUCCGAAUAUGCAUCUAUGCCAAACGUUUUUCAUUUUGAUGAAUAUGAUAAUUGUUUGUUAUCACAAAACGAUUCUUUAUAUUGCUCCAUUACGUUUCAGUUGUAUCCGAAUGAAAAUAAUUCAUCUGCAAUAUGGAAAUUAAUUGAGAAAACAUCUUUGGAGAAAAGAAAUUACAGACAUGAUAUUCUGAGACAUGGAAUUUGUAUUAAAGAAACGUGUCCCGAUGUGGCACUUGACGACUUUACAAAAAAUGUCCACAAAUUUACGGAAAAUUUAGAAAAAUGCUAUAAUCUUAAAUUCAGACAUAUGGGACUUGAAGGAAAAAUCACAAAAAUGCGUUGUGAAACGAACGAAUCUCCAUAUCCCAUCUCUUCAAUUGAUGUGGUGUUUGGUGCAUUUCUUGUCGUAUUUAUCCUACUUGUGCUGAUAGCGUGGAUCUACGACAUUUUUGCAUCUCCUGACUUCAAAGACACAAAAUUUGCCAAAUCGAAAUUUGGAAAGUUUAUCUCAAUAUUUUCCCUAACCCAAAACUGGCAUCGACUUAAUAAAAUCGAUCUCACCAAUCCUGAUAUCAGAUCAUUGCGAUGUCUGCAAGGCAUCCGUUUUUUCUGCAUGUACAACGUUAUUGCUGCACAUUGUGUGGCUGCUAAUUUAUCUAUUCCAGUUGUAAAUACCAGAUAUACAGAGGAGAUUUCCGAACGUGUGGCUGAUCGAUGGGUUGGAAGUGGCUCUCGACACGCUAUACUUCAAACUUAUUUUAUGUUGUCAUCGUGGCUGCUAACGUAUCAGUUUUUUGUGGAUCAUGAAAAGAAAGAAAAAAUCAAAUUUUCCUAUUUGGUCAAUUCGUUUGUGAAGAGAUACUUCAGAAUAACUCCCACUUUGCUCAUCCUUGUUGGUAUGUGUGCGACGUGGUUGGUCCAUCUAUCACGUGGUCCGUUUUGGGACGACAUUAUUGGUCAUUCCUACAGAACCUGCCGUUCCAAUUGGUGGAGCAAUCCCAUAUAUUUGAACAAUUUCAUACAUCCAGUCGAAAUGUGUCAACCCUCUCUAUGGUAUAUAGCUGUCGAUACACAAUACUAUAUAGUGGGCCUGUUUAUUUUGUGUCUCAUAUGGAAGUACCAAGAAAAAAUUGCACUAAUAUUAGGCUGCCUUUGGGUAGUACACGUCCUUGAUACAUAUUCUCGAAUCUAUAGUUCAAAAAUUAUUUUACCAAUUUAUCCAGAGUUGUUCUACAACAUGAAAUUUAUACUAUGGGACCAUGCUGGUUCAGUAGCUAAAGCCCCUAUUGCUAAUAUGUCAGGUCUGAUCGCUGGUUUAGGUUUUGGCUACACUUUUUACAAAUGUAGAAAUAAAAAAUUAUUUACCAAAAGGAUUCAUGUUAUUUUAUGGUGGUUUGCAAGUCUCGGAGUUUCAAUAUUGAUAAUCCCGAUUCCAGCACUAUUUAAAAAAACAACAAUAUUUUCAAAUAACCCUGAAGUUAAUUUUGCGAUAUAUGCUUGUUUAAGCAGAAGUAUCUAUAUUUUUGGGACGGGUUUUUUUAUUUUUGGAAUGACACACGGACAAGGACAUAUAAUAAGAGCAAUAAAUGAGUGGCCUCCUAUGUACGUUCUUGGCCGCCUCACUUACAGUGCUUACCUUUUACACGUUCCCAUCCAGUUGGUGAAAGCUGGCUUGAAAAGAGCACCAAAUUAUUUGAAUGACUUCAUUUUGAAUUGGGAGAUGCUUUCGGAUCUUUUCCUUUCCUACAUGGCGGCGUUGUUUUUUACACUUUUCUUUGAGCUGCCGAUUAGUGAGUUAAAAAAACACAUUACUUCAAUGUUGAAAAAUCUAAGGAGAAAUGAGGUUACUUGUUACAGCAAUAAAACAGAAAAGUGUGAAUAAAGGUUUUGC